AUGGUAGGGUUUGGUAAUAUAAUACCUAACAAGUUUCUCGGCCUUUUGCUUUUGAUGAUACCGAUGUUGCUUCUUAGCUCAUCAUCCUCAUCUCAAGCAGCGGCAAAGGAAUUUUCUGUUGGUGGUAAAGAUGGUUGGGUUGUGAAACCUUCCGAAUAUUACAAUCAAUGGGCUCAAGAAAACAGGUUUCAAGUCAAUGACAUUCUAUAUUUCAAGUACAAGAAAGUGGACGAUUCAGUUCUGGUAGUGAAGAAAGAGGAUUAUUUUUCCUGCAACAACAAUAAUCCCAUUCAUAAGAUGGACGAUGGGAAUUCAACUUUCCUUUUGGACAGGUCGGGUCACUUUUUCUUUAUCAGUGGCAACGUUGACAACUGCAAAAAUGGUCAAAAGCUUAUAAUUUUUGCCAUCGCUUUAAAAGACACACUGUCGCAUGCUACACCACCGUCCCGGUCACCGGCGAGUGUCUCACAUGGACAUGGAGGAGGGGAUGGCGGAGGAUGGAGUGUAAGAGUAAAUGAUGACAAUAGAUAUUGCUCCAAUUUAUGCUGUAACAUAGUUGGUUGCUUUUGUUGUUAA